GCCGCUGCAGCCAUGGAGGAGCCCGCGGGGGCCGCGCCGCCGCCCGGCCUGCGCUCGCUCCUGCCGCCCCGGGAGCUGCUCCGCUCCCGCAAGGGCCAGCUGCUCCUCGCCGAGGCGGUGUUGUCAUUUAUCACCUUCCUCUGCUACAUUGCAUCUCUAGCUGCCUCUUUCAUGACGGCACCACUCCUGGAGUUUCUGCUGGCACUCUUUGUUCUCUUUGCCUACACCAUCAAACUGAACGAGAAGUUUAAAAGACUGCACUGGCUGCUGAAGGACUUCCUGCGCUGUGUCACUGCUGCCAUCAUUUACUUUGCCAUUUCCAUUGCUGCUGUCUCAAAAUACAGCGACGGAGCAUCCAAAGCGGCAGGAGUGUUUGGCUUUGUGGCCACCAUCGUGUAUGCCAUUGACUUCUACCUAAUCUUCAACGACCUGGUGGCUUUUCUCAAGCAAGGCAGUUCUGAUGCCCCUGAAGAGCACAAGUCAGAAGAUGAGAACUCUGAUUCUGACUCAGACUGAAGAACCAAAGACCAGCCAAGUGUGAAGGGAAGAUGAUCAAGGACUUUCCUCUGCUGAAUGCACUGCCAGCUGAAGCAUCUCCCUCACUGUGGCCUUGGCAUCCUCUGCCCACCUUGCUGCCUAUGGAAUCACCAGAGCACAGACAGGGCAGUGAUGUGGGACAGCAAACAAUUCCCAGUGCCAGCAGACACUCCUCAGAACUACAGAUUCUGCCCCACAGGUCUGUAUCCAAACAGCACAUCUCAGUUCUCCAUUGUCCCUCCUUGCUCAGCACAAGGUCCUGAGUCCUGGGGGAGGUGGUAUUUAGACACAUUAAGUAGAGCCUUAAUAUGCUUUCUUCAUUCCAAGUCUUUUAACACUUAGAGCUUUUGUACUGCCUGCUGUGCCAAAGAAGAGAGGCUUGGAGUGCCUCCACUUCAACUGUAUUUUCCUGAAUUACCUAACAGUAUUUCUUGACCUGAAGUCUGACUGUUCCACUCUCCCAAGCACUCAAGGUGUAGGUUGUAGCUAACCUGUUGGUUUCAAUACAUUUACAUCUCCUGCCUACCUGCAACAAGAAAAAGUGACAACUGGAAACCUGCAGCAAGAACAAAGCUCAGGAGUGUCCUUGUGCCACAGGCUGGCUGGCUCAUCAUUCAUUAUCACUUCUGCAAGCUGCUGGGAUGGGCUCACAUCCCAUCUUCUGCAAUUUCCAUCCCAAAUAGGAGGUAGAUCAUCAUCUUAGCCGCCCCCUUCCUACCAUUUGCAUGGAAGCCCUUGCAUGUGUUUGCAGACACAGGCAAGGGAGGUUUGCCAAAUAGCAGCUAACAGCACCUGCCCAGCCAAGCCUGCAGGUACCACAGCAGCACUGCUACAGGUACAGACAGCAUUGUGUCCUGCUCUGUGUUGCAAACCCUGGUGCAGGAAGGGGAACAGUGCUGGAUUCACAAACCAGAGCUGCUUCUGUAAAACUCAGGAUACCUGGGCCCCAGGAGGGCAACACAUCCUUCCCACUGUGAAAAAGCAAACCACCAACCUCCAGACUAAAGGACGGCUGCAAGGGAAUUCACUUGCCCAGCCCCCCUGCUUUGGUGCAUUUUGGGUUGAUUCUUCCCCCUGGAAGGACAUUGCAUAGAAUUGUGUCAGCUGGAAAAGACCUGGGCAGCCUGCUCUAGGUGUCCCUCCUAGCUGCAGGAAGGGUGGGCAAGAUGACCUUUGAGGGUCCCUUCCAACCCAAUGCAAUCCGUGAAUCAUCCAGUCCAACCAUCAACCCAACACCAGCGUGGCCAACAAACCACGGCCUCACCCUGCUGGAACAGCUCUGGGGAUGGGGGCUCAGGGCUGGGGGCUCUGGUGGCAAACUCUUCUGAAUUUCCAAGAAGGCAUUCUGAUGGAUAGCACAAGCUACCUUGCAAUACUGCUGCCCACCUACGAACACAAACUGCUUGGCAAAGGCAGGGCAUGCUCCUCAUGCAUGGCACCAGGCAGGCCUGUUCCAAAGAAAGCUGGAGAUGCUUCCAACAAAACACAGAGCACCAGCAGAGGCCUCAGCAAACAGCAACUGUCAUCAGAGCAGGAGGUAGCAACAGAGGGGCAGAAUUGCCCCCUGGGUUCCAGUUCCCUGCCAGCAGCUGGCUGCUAAGGGCAGAGCCUGGUUCCUCCUCACAGCCAGCAGGUGCUUGGGAAGGUGCUGGUCAGGGUCAGAGUUGUUUACAGGCAGCUCCUACAUCUCCUGUUUCCAGACCACUGAGGGAACAAAAGCCAAAGAAAUGGCUGCUUUCAAAUGUGACAAAUCAUCUUUGCUUUUGUGAGGCAGAGCUCUAGGGACCUUUUCCUCUCAAAUUCCGCCUUUUUUCCUUCUCUGUUGUCAUAUUUUACUGACAGGCACUGUGAUGCCAGGGGACCUGGGCUCAGUUUCAUAUUCCAUUGGUUUGUAUUUCUCUUUUUUUAAUUAAUUAAAACAUGUACUGCAUGUCACGGCUGCAAACUAGAGCAUGGGUUAGAAACCAUGGUGGAUUAAAGCUCUUUUAACAGAA